AUGAGCAGAGUCGCCGCAUGUACCCUCAAUGGACUGGCAGAAGAGAUAGAAGGUAAGCAGGAGCCCGAAUACCUGGAUCCCCGCGGUAGCCCGCUUGUCCCGAGAUCAGCUCACUCAUGCGACCUUUCGCCUCGCUUCUCUAGGGGUAUCCCCCUGUACCUGUUCGAGAUCAGGCAGCUCGACUCCAAGGCAGUCGCGGAAUACGAGCGGCGCGGCGCGGCAAGCACUUUUAGCAACGCCAAGCCGGAUGGCAAGACGGCGCCGGGCCUCCUGCGCCUAUUUGCGCUGUACGAGAACCUCACCCACUUCGUCAUGCCUUUCUGCUCCCAGCUUCAGGAUCGCGAGAAUCUUUAUCAUUGGCGCGCCCGUCUUUUCUCGACCGUUUGGGGCUGGAUCAAGCGCUGGUUCGACCCCAUCACCGUAUCCAAAAUCUUUAUUCUCGGAUCGCACGAAGUCGAGUCGACCCUCCGACAGUUCAUCUACCCCAAGAACAUCCCCAAGCAGUACGGCGGCGAGCUCGAAUUCGGCUGGGGCCAGCUCCCCACACUCGACCCGGCGUGGGAUGGCAUCGUGGAGUGGGCAGGCGAACACCGUGGCUUCCCGUCGGGUCCUCACGUCUGGCGCGAGCUAGACGGAGGAAAGAAGCUAGAGUGCAUCGGCGUUGGAUCGGUGGCGGGGAAGCAGCGCGAGGAGAGGAUAUGCGUGGUACACAAGGACAACGUGUGGGGCGGCCAGGCUUUCUGCCAGACCAAGAGCCCCGUCGUGGGCUCGCAAGACGCGGCCGGCACAGAGGCCGCGGCCCUGAGCGGUGAAAUCGACAAGCUGGCGCUUUCGGAGCCCGACGAGAAAGAGAAGGCGAUCGAGGUGAACGGCGCAACCGAUAAGACGGCUUCGGCUGCUCUGCCCACUACCGUUGCGUAA